AUGGCAGACGACACACGGAGGCAAAGAGAGUCCGUCUCUCUCACACCUGUGACUCAUGGCCUGGAGAACAUGGCGGCUGAGUUCUUGGAAAGCAUGGAGGAAGGCCAGCUCCCACAGGGUAACUCAAGCCUGUCUGAGGGUAGAGACAUCUGGGACAAAGCAUCGAAGCCCAUCUCCAGAUGGAGGAGUCUACAGCUGACGGGGCGAGCGAGAAGCUUCUGCAGGGAGCACAAGCAGCUGUUUAGAUGGGUCCUCACAGGCUUGCUCUGUACUGCGUACAUUGCUUUCUUGAUCACCGCCUGCCUCCUGGACUUCCAGAGGGCCCUGGCGCUGUUGGUCAUCACCUGUGUGGUUCUCGGCUUUCUGGCCUAUGAUCUGCUGAAGAGACUUCUGGGGUCCAGGCUGAGGAGGUGUGUGAAGUUUCAAGUCCAUUCUCGCCUGAGCCUCUGGCUGAAAAGGUGA